AUGGUUAUACAAAACAAAGAGGGAAUGACAUCCCUAGAGGAGCUACAUGAGGUGCUAGAGAAGCUACCUGACAGCAACGAGAAAAGGGUGGGGGUGCUGGAGCAGCACCUGCAGCAUACGGUGGUUAGUGUUUUACCCCCUGGGGUUGUUGUUCUUGUAUUGGGGGUUGAGGAAGCAGCAGAAGCUUUAUUAUCGAGGUCUGUUGCUGCUGUCUUUGGUAUGGCCACGCAGCAACGCAAGCUGCUGCGCUCUCUCCUUCACUUAGAAAAAAAAAUGACGGAGAGAGAAGAAAGACCCUGGGAGAAAGCAACAGAAACAAACAGCAGCAGCAGCAGCAGCAGCAGCAGCAGCGGGGGGGGCAGCAGCAGCAGCAGCAGCAGCAGCAGCGGGGGCAGCACUCCUACUACUAUGCAUGCGGGGCAGGAUAUUCUGCGUUUUGAUUCUCCCUUUAAUUCUCCGGGGAGCAGAUCACCAGUGGGUCUAUCACCAGACGCUAUUCUGCGUUUUGAUUCUCCCUUUAAUUCUCCGGGGAGCAGAUCACCAGUGGGUCUAUCACCAGACGCCAGCAGCAGCAGCAGCAGCAGCAGCAGCAGCAGCAGCAGCAGCAGCAGCAAGCUGCAGGGGGAUAGAUAUGACUGGGUUGUUGACGAGUCCUCGGGUUUCUCUUGGCCUGUGGUUGCUCCCGCGCUGCAGUAUACAAAAGAUAUAUUUCAGGAGCUGAUGAAGGCUGAGGGUUUACCUCUCGAUACACCCGAACCACCACAACAAACAACACCAUCAUGGAUAGAUGUAGAUACAGGGGUUACUGCUGUUGUACACUCAUUCAUUGCAGCCUCUCUACGCCCCCCAAGACCCCCUCAAUAA